AUGCAGGAAAUUGAGGUUCCUUCCACACUGUUAACUUCAACCUGGAUGAAGGGGAGACAAGAAAAUAAAUCAAAUAAUGCGUGUCAAGUGUUAAGGGGGAAUUCUUUCUUGGUGCCUGGGGCAACUCUGGCAACUAUACUUAUGCUUGGUGCUCUCCAUGCACGCCAUAUAUAUGAAGAUAAGAAGAUUGAAGAGGCAAGGGAAAAAGGAGUUGAAUUGGAGUUCCACCCUGAUGUUAAAGCCAGCUUCUUGGGAUUGAUGCCACUGCGGUCCAUUUCAAGAUUGUGGGGUUCCUUGACAAGUGUGGUUCUAGCAGCCGAGUCCAGGUGCAUUGAGGAUGCCAUAAGAUGUGGAGGUCUUGCACCAACAAAGUCUUCUUGUAUAAAGAAUAUAUUGAAAUGCUUGAUAGAGAAAAAAGGAAAAUUGUGCUUGGAGUAUCUAAGAGAUUUGUCUAUUUAG